AUGCCUCGAAACAUACUUAGUGAUGCAUAUAGGCAAUAUAUUAAGAAUUCACUCAUAACUCAAGCAAAGGAAGGACCACACAACAUGGAAUGGUUACAAUUCUAUAAAGAUUUGUGUGAUAAACAAGCUGAAGGAACUCGACCAUCUCUAUUCCUUCAGAGAAGCUUAACAUACAUUGAUGCUGAUGAAAUUCAAAUUCCAAACUUUGUGACGGGCAAAGUAAAGCCGCCACUUGCUUUUCCCAGAAAAGAUAACCCCCCCAGGAGAAAAAUAAAAAAUAUUGUCAGUGAUUUACGAACUAGAGUGGGAAAAGCUGUUUCCGCUAAUGCUACAGCCAAGUUCGAUAUGCGGCUUAAGCGCCGACUGGAAGUAGUAGUGCCCUAUUCACAGGAUGGCGAAAUUCCCGAGAGAUUUAGGAAAAGACAUAGACCAGUCGUUGUUGAGGAUGAUGAUGAUGAUGAUGAUGAGAGGCCAAUCGUUGCUAAACGCAUUCGUUGUGAUCUUCUUCAUCAUGCUGCAAAUUCUGCAGGAAAUGAGCUGAUGAUGGAAGAUGAGAUCAGAGAUAAAGUGCCACCAUUAGGACAGAACCCAGUGCCGUUCAUUCAUCCUUACGACAUUCUGCGGAAUUUAGGAGAAGUUCGUAUACCUUUCCCAUCAUACAAAUACAUGGGCGGAUACAGUAGAGAAACACAUUUCGAUAAAGCAUCGCAAUUUUUCGUACCAAACUUCUUCAAUAUGAGGAAGUCCAAUGAGAUGUUGUUGAGUAUGUUCCCUCUCAGUUGUCCAAGCGUAGUCAAUUAUACGAUUGCUGGUGUUAAACGUAAGGGCCCACCCGGAACUUAUGUUAAUCCAAAGACCUUUGAAGAAGUUGUUGGAAAGAAAGCUAACAAACGUAGUUAUGAAACGUCUUCUUUGAUCAGACGCUUUUUCACUUUCAAACGCAAAGUAGAUGCAGACAGAUGCAUUCUGUGCAAUAGAAAGUUCAAUAAGCUCUACUACCUUCUCAUUCAUUACAACACUUGCUACCCUAGACUUGACUUCCUUGUUCGUGUACCAAAGCAUGAGAAAGAGUUGAAAGAAGGUUUCCAAAUCGUAAUUUCUGAGAACGAGCACUACAACACUGAACAUUAUGAGAAUUUGCCACUACUACCUGGUGAAGCAGCCAAUCGAUUUGAUCCGCAUUUCUUCAUGAAUCCAUGGGAUGGUAGAAUGAUGAGAGAUCAUGUAUACCUUGAUCUUACCACAUUCAUAGCUGGUUACAUUGACACGGAACAAUUUUUCGUUGCAACCAAGCAUCCUCUUCGAUUCUGUGAUUAUUACUAUCAUAGGAAGCUAAUUGAGUAUGAGGUAAUGGAUCAUCAAACUGCGGUUCUGCAAAUGCUCUGGGUUGAGUUCAUCUAUCUGUUGAGCAUUGAAACAUGCAGACAUUUGAAACCUUAUGUUCUAUACCGUUUAUUCAUUCAUAUGUACCAUGAGCAACUUCAUGAUUUGAGAUUAUUGCCAGCUAUGGGCAAUCAUAUUCAAUAUUAUACGAAAAAGAAGUUGAUCUCUUUCAAACUCGGUCGAGAUAUAGUAGAAAGAUUGAACGGUCGUAAGAAAGUAGAACCAACGGAAGAGUUUGAUGUUCUCUUCAAGAAGAUGUUACAGUACAUAGAUGAUUCGAGAGAACGUCAUAUUAAAUGCUUGCAAGCAUACAACUACAAAAAAUUCUUGGCUAACCCAAUUGAGCCGAAUAUGCUUGAGAUAGAACAAUUGACUGAAACAGUUCUAUCAUUCCCAUUUGAUUUGCUGGAAGAUACGAAAUACAAAAUUUCGCCGAAAGUCUACAGUCUGGCUCGGAAGCUGAAUCAAAGAAUGACUUAUGGAAUGUUCUAUGAAAUGUUGCAGCAAAGACGUCAUUAA